AUGUCAGCAACCAAUGCAGCGUCUGCUGCCGUUGGCAUCAGCAGCAGCGACGGCGAGGCCCUGACCACGUCGGCUAUCGUCGCGGCGGAGGCUGUGACUGGGUCGCACGUGCUCCAGAUCAAAGCCUACUCCACGACGACCAAGGAACUCGGCAACGGCAAACACAUCAAAUCCAGCACAUUCAGCGUGGGUGGUCAUCGCUGGUAUAUUAGGUACUACCCUGAUGGCAAUGCCUUGGAAAAUGCCGGCUGGAUUUCUAUCUACCUGCAGCACGAUCAUACCGAUGCCGCUGUGGAAGUCAAAGCUGGAUUCGUAUUUGGUGUUCUGGACAACAGCGGUCGAUAUGUACCUAUGUUCACAACAAAAACCUCUGUGGACGAUACCUUCUGCUGCAAAAAUCGACGCUGGGGCUUCUCCAAAUUCGUUACAAGGAAAGCCCUAGAGGAAUCGUCUUAUAUAAGAGAUGAUUGCCUUAAAAUAAGGUGCGAUGUCAUCGUCUCUAAGGGCAUCAGCACAGAGGCCACUAUGCAGUUCGUCCUCGUGCCGCCGUCCAACUUGCAUCUGCAUUUUGGUUCCCUCCUCUCAGGCGCGGUGGGGGCCGACGUCACUUUUGAGGUUGCCGGAGAGAUGUUUGCUGCACACAGGUGUGUGCUGGCUGCAAGGUCAUCGGUUUUCAUGGCAGAGCUCUUUGGCCCCAUGAAGGAGAAGACCAUGAACUGCAUAGAGAUCCAAGACAUGGAAGCAAGGGUGUUCGAGACCAUGCUCCACUUCAUCUACACCGACACCAUGCCUGAUAUUGACCAGGAAGAUGCGUUUGUGAUCACUGAUCACACAGCAUUUGCUUGUAGCAGCGGACAGAUAUGA